AGCCUUUGUGGCUCAAGCGCGCGGCGUAUGUUGCGCCAGCGUGACGCGCGUGUAUAGUUGCCAGAGGCUCCGUAUUUCGGGCGUGAGUCGGUGCCGCACCAAGGCUGACCUUGUCGCGAUGAUGCUUGCCACGAAACAAGGCGAUGACGGCGUCGGCUCGGUAAAAGGUCUGAAGCGGCUCAACAGCUGCUUGGGCGGCGGCCUGUCUGGCGUUGGGAGUAUCAAAGACAAGAUGUUGGGGGUGCUCGGGAAGAAGGUCGACGAGGCCGCCUGGCGGAGCAAUCUGUCGGACACGCACAGGGUCAGAAACAUGGCUCGGACACUGUGGUUGAGCCUGGAGCACACCAACGAGGCGGUCAUGCGGGUCGCCCUGGAGAUUGUGACGUGCCGAAGGGCCAGAAAGAUUUUGUGGUGGGAUGACGAGCGCUGGUCGCAGGAGGAAGGCAAGCAGGAGUAUCUUCGGAGCGUCAUCGAGGAGAAGUUCGACACCAUCCUCCAGUACAUGGGCAAGGAGCUGAAGGAGCGCUCGGUGGCAGGGGACCUCAAGGGGGGGCCCAGCAGCCGCGAGGUGGAGUUGGAGAAGCAGAACGGGGACCUGCAGAGGAAACUCAGGGUUGCAGAGCUGUCGCUGGCCGAGGCAAAGCGCCUGCUGGAGCAGCAGGAAGAGGAGGCCGCCCAGCUGCGGAGGAGAGGCGGGUCGAGCGGCAGCGACGCGGCGCUCGCGCCCGAGCUCGAGCGGCUGGAGGCCGAGCUCCGGGAGAAGAACUCCGAGCUCGAGGCCGUGCUCACGGAGAGGGCGGCUGAGCUGGAGAGGGCCCGCGCGGAGGCGGGGGAGGCGAGUGCGAGGGGGUCCUCGGGGGAGGCGAGGGCGAGGGAGGCCGCGCGGGUGGCCGCCAGGGCGCAGCUGCAGGCGGAGCUCGACGAGCUCCAGCAGAAGAACCACAGGCUGCAGGCCGAGGUGGACCGGAACUCGGGGGCGUCGACAUGCAGCAAGUGUGGCACCCAGUUGUCCGAGGCGGCCACGGCGCAGGAGGCCGAGCCUUCGCCGAAGAAGAGCUCCCGGACGAGCGCGAGGGAGCUUCAGGAGGGGACGGAGCGCAAGGACGCAGAGAUUGCCAGACUGAGGGCCGACAAGAAGAAGCUCGAAGCGGAGAGAGUGGACAUGCUUGCCCUCAUAGAUAGGUUGCGCCGCCAGAUCAACAAGAUGAGGGCACUGGCGCGGGAGUCGGGCCACGGGGAUCUUGUGGACAAGGUGAUGGAGGAGUCCGAGCUCGCGGCGACGAUGGAGAGCGACGAGAUGUCCUGCUUCGCCCGCCUGUACCAGGACGCUCUGCGGCGCAUGGCGAACAGCGGGUCCCUGCGUGGCCACAAGGACGUCGUGCGCGACCGCCCCGCGGCCAAGCCGAGCGCACCGCAGCAGGUGCCGCAGCUCCCCGAGGCGGCCUCCCCUAGCCACCAGCUCCAGCCGCUGCAGCGCUCGCCCACCGCCUGCCGCACCGUCAGCCCCGUGACCCUGGACUUCGGCGCCGCGAGCUGCCCCGUGAGCCCAGCGGGCAGGGGUCGGCCGGGCGGCAGUCCUGCCGACACGCGGCACGCCGCGACGGCCGCAGAGUUCGGACCAGGCAAGGAGAAUCUGCCCCGCCCGCUGCGUGCCCUGCCCUCGUCGCCGCGGCUGGGCGCGCCUCGAGGUCCUGGUCCGGCCGCGCCCCUGGAGAGGUCCAGAGGCGGUGUGGAGUAUCGGUGCCCUCUUGCCCACCCGCUCCCCUCCCCGCCCCCGCCCCCGCCCUCCCCCUCGAGGAGGCGGCGACCUGGAGCGCCUGGCGCGCUUCGACCUGGCCGCCACCGCGGACGCCGCAGGCUUCUCCGCGGGGAGGCGCCUGGUCAGCAAGGGGGGCGCCGCCCCCUCGGGCGGCGGGCUGUCGCGGCUCGGCGCCGGGGGCGCGCGGAUGAGCGUCUCGAUGGGCUCCCUGACGGGCGCCCCGGAGGCGCAGCGGGGCAGGGUGGAGGCCCUGAAGCCGCUGGGGCCGGGGCUCGCGGGCCCGGCGAGCCUCAGGCGGUCCCAGCCCGCCGCGCUCGGGCUUCCGCCGCCCGGCGGCGGUCCGCCGCCCUCGCGGGGCUCGACGAGCCCCGCGGCGGCGCCAGACCGCAUGCCGCAGCUGUCGGCGGGCAAGGGCGGCCCGCGCGACAGCCACUCUCGGCAGGGCUCCAAGGAGCCCGCGGCCGGCCCGCUGCUGCCGGCGGCGCCGAGGGCGCUGGGCGAGCGCCGCAGCCCGUCGAGGGCGGUGACCGUGCCGAGCAGCAGCCCGCUCGCGCGGCGGGGUCAGGAUCCCGAGCCGCUCCUGGUGGUCUCGGCCUAGCCCGCCUUCUGGGGCAGCAAUGGGGAGGGGCACGUAGGCAUACCCAGAGAUCCAACAGGGGGGGUGGACGCACGUGCAGUUGGAGCCGUCAGUAGCACGGGUCCCCGUGUCGCAGGAGUCGGCCGCCCGUACCAGGCAGGUUUGCACCCUGGCGCUGCCCGAGGUGCACAUAGGAGGAGCUGCUCCCGACCACCAUCGGCCUCCUCAGCCUCCUCGCCAUCGUCUGGGCAUUCAGUUGCUUUUCACUCGGCUUGUCUCACCUUGGUGCGGAGGCCCAGAUCGGUCCUCACAGUCUCACAUGUGUUCGAUAUUCCGAUCGAGUCGAUCUCCUAAGUGCCUAUGCAGUUUCCCACAAAUCGGAUUUUCACAGUGCCAGUCUCAAUCGGUCAGUCCUAACAUGUUGCUCAUUGCUAUUGUCGCCGCCUUUCCAAUGCCAGGGCGCGCUAGCGACAAGUGGGCCGACAACCGAUUCGGCGCUGCCAGACGCGCUGCAGUCACUCCCAUAGUUCGUGGCUGUCUGUUGCGAAGGUAGCGCGAGCGGUUGCUGCAGUCACAGUUUUUGUUCCCUUUCAGUGAAGGUUUCUCUUGCCCUUCAGCGAAAUGUUGUAACAUGUAUGCGUGGAUCGAGUAUUGAAUUGUGUUCCAUGCGCGGGUGGCAUCUUGGAAUUGAUCCGCCAGAGACCCUCCAGACAAUCCCACGGUCCGCAAUUCUUGGGAGGUCCAAGCGUUGUGGAUUUCGACGUGGGAUCGCGG